CUUCCGGCGGCGCGCGGGUAGUGUGGCCAUGGCGGCGGGCGGCGGCGAUCCGCGGACCGGCGACGUGGAGGAGGACGCGUCACAGCUCAUCUUUCCCAAAGAGUUUGAAACUGCUGAGACACUUCUCAAUUCAGAAGUUCACAUGCUCCUGGAGCACCGGAAGCAGCAGAACGAGAGUGCAGAGGACGAACAGGAGCUCUCCGAGGUCUUCAUGAAGACCUUAAACUACACGGCCCGUUUCAGCAGGUUCAAAAACAGAGAGACCAUUGCCAGUGUCCGGAGCUUGUUGCUCCAGAAAAAGCUGCAUAAGUUUGAGUUGGCCUGUUUGGCCAACCUUUGUCCGGAGACUGCUGAGGAGUCCAAGGCUCUGAUCCCAAGCCUGGAGGGGCGGUUUGAAGAUGAGGAGUUGCAACAGAUUCUUGAUGAUAUCCAGACAAAGCGUAGCUUUCAGUAUUAAUCUCCAAACUUACGGCAGCUUGGGGGCUGACAUCCCCAGCCCUGGGGCUGGGGCAGAAACUAUGCUAGAAAACACACACACGGGCUUCCUGUGGCUAGAACGACACAGCUUGGUGUUGGUUUUGUUGCCAUCUCAAACUGGACUCUUGGACCCAGGUGACCAUGUCGUCCUUUAGAGGGACCUUGCAGUGGCUGCCUGUGGCUUUUGAGCAUGCUAAAUCUUCCUGAGCCUCUGGGAAGGCUGCUGUGGGACAGUUGAACUAUACGCUACACUAUUGACUACCUCGAAACAUGGUAUUUGGCCCCUACGUUACUUUUGGUUUCAUGUUUUAAUUUCAGUGAGUUUACAGUUUUGAAACCAGGCUAGAACAUGUAAAAUGCGUUUGGGGAAAAGAACAUUCUUACCCAGGUGCAAAAGGAAAAAUUAAACCGGACCAGUUUGUGGUUUGGAAUUCUUAAAGAAAGGAUGACUGUUAGUGACUGUGAGGGCGCCUUGGUACCAUUGGGUCUAACCCAGGAGACGGAGAAGGAGCUCACAUGGAAAGUGUUUCCACCUGAAGACGAUGGUGCAACCUGUUUGGGGUGGUGAGAGGGGACAUAGCUUUGAGGUUGAGCAAAAUGUAAAUUUGGAGUAAGUGGUCCUGAAGCACUCAUUUUGUUACCCCAAUGAAGAUUUUUCCUUUAGAGCCCAUACUUUGUAGGGCUCUAACCCUUUGAAGUCUCUUCCUCUUCAAGGCCAUCCAGUACAAAUGCUGGGACUGCGGGUUGGCAACAGGUGUGCUUCGAUGGGGUGAUUGGGGAGAGCACCUGUCCUAUCAUGAGCCAUCACAGGUGAAGCACCGUGGUCCGAGGCUGGGUUGGGGGAACCCUGAGGGCUCUACAUUCUAGCUUUGGUUCUUCUGACUGGAAAUAGGCCUGUUGUCCUCACAAUUUGGGGUUUUCUCUUUGGAGCACUUGCCAGCUGGAUAUGAACUCAGGAUCCAAGGAGAAGGCUGGGGAAAGAACACAGUUGGCUUUAAAGGUCAUGAGAGUUUUAUGGCAGUGGCUGGCUAAGGCAAAAAUAAAAUACUUUUAUUUUCAGAA